CUUCUCUUUGCUGUUCCUCUGAUAGAGCGAAGCAUGUCUUCUGAGACAUUCCAAGCAAAAGAGGGGGUGGCAGGGUGCCCCCACCUCUCCGGGACACACUCAGCCAAAAGGAGCCUGGAGCAGGGGCCCGCAGGGGACAAGGACACCAAGGAUCACCUGUGGAUCCGGCCUGAUGCCCCGAGCAGGUGCUCCUGGAAGCUGGGCAGGCCCAUCACCGACUCUCCACAUCACCACACGGCCUUGGCAAAGUCGCCCAAAAUCUUGCCAAAUAUCCUGAAGAAAAUUGGAGAUACCCCCAUGGUGAGAAUCAAUAAGAUCGGGAAGAACUUUGGCCUGAAGUGUGAGCUGCUGGCCAAGUGUGAGUUCUUCAACGCGGGCGGGAGCGUGAAGGACCGCAUCAGCCAGCGCAUGGUGGAGGAGGCCGAGCGCGCCGGCAUCCUGAAGCCCGGGGACACCAUCAUCGAGCCGACGUCUGGGAACACAGGGAUCGGGCUGGCCCUGGCAGCUGCGGUGAAGGGCUACCGCUGUAUCAUCGUGAUGCCGGAGAAGAUGAGCAUGGAGAAGGUAGACGUCCUGCGGGCGCUGGGGGCGGAGAUCGUGAGGACGCCCACCAACGCCAGGUUCGACUCCCCCGAGUCACAUGUGGGGGUGGCGUGGAGGCUGAAGAACGAGAUCCCCAAUUCCCACAUCCUGGACCAGUACCGCAACGCCAACAACCCCAUUGCUCACUACGACAGCACGGCCGAGGAGAUCCUGCAGCAGUGUGACGGGAAGCUGGACAUGCUGGUGGCUUCGGCGGGCACCGGUGGCACCAUCACGGGCAUCGCCAGGAAACUGAAGGAGAAGUGUCCUGGAUGCAAAAUCAUCGGGGUGGAUCCCGAAGGCUCCAUCCUUGCUGAGCCCGAGGAGCUGAACCGGACGGAGCUGACGGCUUACGAGGUGGAGGGCAUUGGCUAUGACUUCAUCCCCACGGUGCUGGACCGGACGGUGGUGGACCAGUGGUUCAAGUGCAGCGAUGAGGAGUCCUUUGCCUUUGCCCGCAUGCUGAUUGCGCAGGAGGGACUGCUGUGCGGUGGCAGCUCCGGCAGCGCCAUGUCGGUGGCCGUGAAGGCGGCCCAGGAGCUGCAGGAGGGCCAGCGCUGCGUGGUGAUUCUGCCCGACUCUGUCCGCAACUACAUGUAAGAAGCCUCCUCCCUCCUCCCUCCCGCCUGCAGGCCUGUCCCGCCCUGGCUCCAUAGGCUUCGAGUGCAUAUUUCUAUGACACAUGAUUUGUAUAUUGCAUUGUGGCUGCCCACGGUCACCUGCAAACACACCAUCGAGAUCCUCCGGGAGAAGGGCUUCGACCAGGUGCCCGUGGUCGAUGAAUCGGGAGUGAUCCUGGGGAUGGUGACUCUGGGGAACAUGCUGUCAAGCCUGCUUGCUGGGAAGGUGCAGCCGUCAGACCAAGUUCACAAAGUCAUCUACAAGCAGUUCAAGCAGAUCCGCCUGACUGACCCGCUGGGCAUGCUCUCGCGCAUCCUGGAGAUGGACCACUUCGCCCUGGUGGUCCACGAGCAGAUCCAGUACCACAGCCCCGCGAAGUCCAGCAAGAGGCAGAUGGUGUUCGGGGUCGUCACCGCCAUUGACAUGCUGAACUUUGUGGCUGCCCGGGAGCGGGACCAGAAGACAAAGUCAGCAAAUGCCUUGGAAUCCAAAGUAGUCCAGCUCUGACCCGGCACAUGCCACCUGCUCUUUUGCUCCCACAAACACUAAACAACAAGCCUGUGUGCCUUCUAACUGCCCAGGGCUGGGCACUGCCCUGUUGCUAUGGGCAGCAAUGAGCAGGUUUAGGGUACUUAGCCCAAGGCCAGCAGAAAUGUUUCCCUUAACACCUGACACUUGGAUGAAUCUAUGGUUUAUUAAAAUGUGCUUUUCUUUUUAACUUUCUCUUUAAAAAUGUUUCAACAAGGAAACCUUAUUAAAAGGGAACUCAGCCAGGUGGAUGAACCCAUGCAUGAUGGGGGCAGAAUGGCCUGGAAGCAGAAGGAAGUGCCUUUUCUGGAGAAGAAUCCAGAUGGGGAGCAGCAGAAGGGGCUCAGGAAGUAAGGACCAUCAGUGACCCUCACACGGCAGCACUCUCUGCACGGGGAUGGGUUGGUUAGAGUGGCUUGAGUAUUUUGGUUUUUAAUUGAGGUGAAAUUCACAUACCUAAAAUGAACAAAUUUUAAAUGUACAAUUCAGUGGCAUUUAUUACAUCCAUCUCUGCCAAGUUCAAAGCAUUUUCAUCACCCCCAGAAGCAGUCACUCCCCUCUCCCCCUUCCCUCCUGGCAGCACUAAUCUGCUUUUACUAGUGUGUCUCUAUGAUUUACCUAUUGGGAUAUUUCAGAUAAAUGGGAUCAUACAA